AUGACUUUACCCAAUCUCUUCCAACAGCAAAUCGAACAAAGGAAAUUGCCUAGAAAGCUGCCGGAUUUCACUGGAAAUCCGCCGAUUUUGAUAGAUUUGGAAGUUCUCCAAAAUUACGAGUAUUUCAAAGAGAAAAACUUUCAACACAACCGCCCAAUACGGCUUGCUUUUGAUGAGGCGAAGAAAUUGAGAGUGAAACGCUGGUAUCGCGAGUGCACAAUAAUACAAACAAAUGAUCUCGAUUUUGCUAUUUUAGCAAAUGAAAUAAAUGAUAAGUUAUUGAACUUUUUUGAUGAGUUAAAUGGAAAAUUCAGGGUUCAGAGAAGGCUUGGAAGGAGAAGAGACAGUCUUCAGUUCACUCUUGAGCACAGUAGAGAUAGAUUCACGAUUGAUAUCUUCUUUUUGUAUGUGAAUGGAACGAGUCACUAUAUUUCUUCACAGGGUGCUGACUUGGAAAGAUAUCGAUUCGAUUAUCCGAGCAAGCUUUUUGAAGAGAUUUGCACGGCUAAUCUUCACGGUCAUCUAUUCCAUGUACCUUGCCGAUCUCAAGAAGUCAUUGAGCAAACGGAGAAAGUUCAAAACGAUUUGAAAUGGAAGAAUGUCCUCAACGUGCAU